AUGAGCUACGUAACUAAAGUAAUUUUAGUAACUGGUGGGAAUAAAGGAAUCGGCUAUGCAAUCGUACGAAACCUUGCCCUAAGCUAUGUUAAAUCAUCUUCACAGCCUCUUACAAUUUUAUUGACAGCACGAAAUCCAACGCUAGGACAAAGUUCAAUUGAUAAAUUACGUGAAGAAUUGAAACCUAAUAAUGUUUUAAUAGAUGAUGGUGGAAAUGUAGAUUUGAAAUUUUUGAGAUUGGAUAUAACUGAUGAACAAAGCAUUAAAGAUGUUAAGGAUGUUAUUGAGAAAGAUUACGAAGGACUUGACGUCUUAAUUAAUAAUGCGGCAAUAGCAUUCAAAGGGGAUGCAUUCGAUAUUAACGUUGUUCGUACAACAUUUGCCACAAAUUUUUAUGGUACACUCAACGUAAUCAAUCAUUUAUACCCUCUUAUUCGUAAGAAUGGCCGUAUUGUUAAUGUAUCUAGUUUAGCUGGAGAGUUACAUAUUGUGAGUAAAGCUUUGGGACAAGAAUUUUCUAAUGAAAAUUUAGAUAUGGACGGGCUAAUUGAACUGAUGAAGAGAUUUGAGAAUGCCGUUGAGAAAGGUACAUACAAGCAAGAAGGAUGGCCCCGUCAAGCUUAUGGUACGUCCAAACUUGGAGUAACAACAAUGACAAGAAUUUUGGCUCACCGCGCUGACAAGGAGGGUAAUGGAAUUAAAGUAUUCGCAUGUCAUCCUGGUUGGGUUAAAACGGAUCUGGCUGGUGAAAGAGCGCCGCUCACUCCUGGCAUGUAUUCUCACUAUUGCGCAAAAAUACCGGUAUUACUUGCUCUAGACGAAGAUAUUGUGGUUCAAAAUCCAAAUGGAUCAUAUUUUAAGGAUAAAUAA